AUGAAGCCUUUCAAUUCCUUUUUAGCAACAAGUUUAUCUUUGCUAUUAUUUCAACAUCCAACUAUCAACGCUAUCGAAGUUUCAAGAGAUGUGGUAAUCAAGAAUCAGACAUUUCUAAAUGACUUAGUCAGUGAACCAAUUACCAUCGAUCAAGCAAACAGUUUGCAGCUUUUUGAUGGUCCUGAUAUUACUCUAAGGGGAGAUGCAACUGUUAAUGGGAAUCUGUGUAUUGGGAGUUAUACAAGUACAGAUUUGGCAGUUCUGGUUAGUGCAAACACGUUGACAAAUAACGGGAACUUCUAUGUUAUGAAUUCUGAAUCAUCAGCCGUGGAUUCUUAUACUUGGAAUAAUGUCUAUAAUUAUGGUAAUAUGAUUUUAGGUUCUAAUCCAAGUGGUACUUCAGCUUUGCAACCAAAAAUGAAAAAUACUUUUGUCAAUGAAGGUCACGUCUUAAUGGUGGCGGGAGGAUUAGUAGGUUUAAACAGUCCUAGCACAGGGAUUGUUAAUGAUGGUACCAUCGAACUUGAAGGACAGUAUAUAUCACUCAGUGUGCCGAUCUCUGGUACUGGUUGUCUUGUGUCGUCGAGUUUUGUUACUAUAGAUUAUUCAAAGAAUGUUGCUCAAACAGUGUUGUUAACAGGUGGUCAAUCCGUUGGUUUGGUGGGACUGGAUACGGGUAAUAUUCCAAUCCUCAGAGUUCCAUCUGGUGCUUCUAGUCCUUCUAUUUUAAUGCAGCAUUCACCAACAAGCGCUAUCACAUAUAAUACAACUACUGGUAUAUUAUCAUACCCACCUUAUCAACUGGAUAUUGGUUUAGGGUACCCCACUACUGGAUGGGCACUUUCAGACACAAGAUGUCUAAGUAGUAGUGGUAACAAGCUUCCAUGCUUUACGUUCCCUGAUCCAAUAACCCCCCAAAGCUACCCAUCCAAUUGUGCCACUAAUGUGUAUCCAGAUGAAGCACCAUAUUUUGGAUUUGAUUCGGUUUGCCCUGGUAUCCUCCCAGAUUUACCAUCACCAUAUACAACUAUGGUUCCAACUUCGGAAACUUUGCUUAGAGAAUUGGUAUCGUUUUAUGUAACAACAAGUACAGAUGGGUUGCCAGUUACUCUCAACACGAGUUCAACAAUUCCAUUUUCAAGCUCGAUGCCAAGUUCCAGCUCUAGUGCCUUUUCCAGCUCUAGUGCCUUUUCCAGCUCUAGUGCCUUUUCCAGCUCUAGUGCUUUUUCCAGCUCUAGUGCUUUUUCCAGCUCUAGUGCUUUUUCCAGCUCUAGUGCUUUUUCCAGCUCUAGUGCCUUUUCCAGCUCCAGUGCUCUAUCGAGUUCUAGUGCUCCAUCAAGCUCCAGUGCGCCAUCGAGUUCUAGUUCUCUAUUGAGUUUUAGUGCUCUAUCAAGCUCUAGUGCUUUUUCCAGCUCUAGUACCUUUUCCAGCUCCAGUGCUCUAUCGAGUUCUAGUGCUCCAUCUAGUUCUAGUGCUUUAGCAAGCUCCAGUGCUCCAUCGAGCUUCAGUGUUCCAUCGAGUUCAAGUGUUUUAUCAACCUCUAGUUCGGUAUCACGAACUCUAUUUAGCUCAAGUGCUCACACAAGUUCAAAUGCUACACCACGCUCAAGUAUUCUAUCCAGUUUAAGUGUCGUUUCCAUUGCUAGUUCAAGUUCUUACGAGCAUAUUACUUCGACUCUUGAACCAAGUACAAACCCUAGUUCAAGCAGAUUCUCAACUUCUAUCCCUCGUUCUACCUUGACCUCUAGUUCUGCUCCAGCUUCCAGCUCUGCAUCAAGCUCUACUCUAGUUUCCAGUUCUGCUCAAACAUCUAGCUCUGCUCCAGUCUCCAUUUCUGUUCAAACUUCAAGCUCUGCUCCAGUUUCUAGUUCUGUUCAAACAUCUAGCUCUGCUCCAGUUUCUAGUUCUGCUCCAGUUUCCAGUUCUGUUCAAACAUCUAGCUCUGCUCCAGUUUCUAGUUCUGAUCCAGUCUCCAGUUCUGUUCAAACAUCUAGCUCUGCUCCAGUUUCUAGUUCUGAUCCAGUCUCCAGUUCUGUUCAAACUUCAAGCUCUGCUCCAGGUUCUAGUUCUGCUUUAGUUUCCAGUUCUGUUCAAACAUCUAGCUCUGCUCCAGUUUCAAGCUCUGUCACAAGCUCUGCUCUAGGUUCUAGUUCUGCUCCAAUUUCCAGUUCUGUUCAAACAUCUAGCUCUGCUCCAGUCUCCAGUUCUGUUCAAACUUCAAGCUCUGCUCCAGUCUCCAGUUCUGUUCAAACUUCAAGCUCUGCUCCAGUUUCUAGUUCUGCUCAAACAUCUAGCUUAGUCUCUAGUUCUGCUCAAUCAUCUAGCUCUGUCCCAGCUUCAAGUACUACUCCAGUUUCAAGCUCUGUUUCUAGCUCUGUCUCAAGCUCUGCUCAAACAUCUAGCUUAGUCUCUAGUUCUGCUCCAGUCUCUAGUUCUGUUCAAACUUCAAGCUCUGCUCCAGGUUCUAGUUCUGCUUUAGUUUCCAGUUCUGCUCAAACAUCUAGCUCUGCUCCAGUUUCCAGUUCUGCUCAAACAUCUAGCUCUGCUCCAGUUUCCAGUUCUGCUCAAACAUCUAGCUCUGCUCCAGUUUCCAGUUCUGCUCCAGUUUCUAGUUCUGUCACAAGCUCUGCUCAAACAUCCAGCUUAGUCUCUAGUUCUGCUCCAGUCUCCAGUUCUGUUCAAACAUCUAGCUUAGUCUCUAGUUCUGCUCCAGUCUCCAGUUCUGUUCAAACUUCAAGCUCUGCUCCAGUUUCUAGUUCUGUCACAAGCUCUGCUCAAACAUCUAGCUUGGGUUCAAGUUCUGCUCCAGUUUCCAGUUCUGCUCAAACAUCUAGCUCUGCUCCAGUUUCCAGUUCUGCUCAAACAUCUAGCUCUGCUCCAGUUUCCAGUUCUGCUCCAGUUUCUAGUUCUGUCACAAGCUCUGCUCAAACAUCCAGCUUAGUCUCUAGUUCUGCUCUAGUUUCCAGUUCUGCUCAAACAUCUAGCUUAGUCUCUAGUUCUGCUCAAUCAUCUAGCUCUGUCCCAGCUUCAAGUACUACUCCAGUUUCAAGCUCUGUUUCUAGCUCUGUCUCAAGCUCUGCUCAAACGUCCAGCUUAAUCUCAAGCUUUGUUCAACCGUCUAGUUCAGUUUCUAACUUACUCUCCAGCUCCGUUCAAACCUUCAAUGCUCCUUCAACUUCAGGCUCUGCACAAAUAUCUUCUUCUUUACUAGGUUCUACCUCUAGCUUUAAUUCUGACUCAGGUUUGGUAACAUCAUCUUCUCCUUUGUUUGGGACGUCUGCUUCAGUAACAACGUCUUAUGACAUAAAUGAAUCGGUUUCUACCUCACCCAGUAUUCCAUUAAGCACGGCUAGUUCUACCACUGACCUAUCUAUUAUAUCAACCCGUGGGAUCCGUCAAAUGUCUUCGUCAAAGGCUUUAUCAUCAGACUAUAAUGCUACUUCUUUCUCCAACCCACCUACAGUCUCUUCUGGUCAAUCCGAAUCUACCUAUUAUGUCCCCACCUCAUCGAGUAUCAUACCUGGUAAAUCUAGCUCUAUCUCUAGUUCAACUUCCUAUUCUUCAAGCAUAACUGCAAAAUCAAAUUCAUUAUCUAAAUCUGCUACUCCAAGCUCAAGUAAUUCAGCACUUAUGUCUUCAGGAAUUUCGAAGUCCAACACCCAAAUCACAUCAGUAGCCGGCGCAACAGUUACGACAGACAUCUGGAAGAUAGUUACGGUUACUGAAUACGCAAAAACAAUCCAUACCUCAGGGUUUGAUUAUACAUUCUGGACAGGUCUUGUCAAUGUUACAUCUUUGAUGUAUGUCAAGACGAUAGUUGGAACUGUCAGUAUUUAA